GUCAAGCACAAACUUCACGGGUGACAGAAGGUUGUCGUUCAACAAUCAACUCUUAAUUUUCGGAAACGACAACAAAGUGAACGGUUUUCUGAGGAUACACAUGAUUCAAAUUCACCUAACGCUGCACCAUCCAUGUCAAAGAAGAGUGACAAAGUAGUGACUGUACCUGUGGUAGAUCCCAAUAGAUCCUUAACCCAGUUACCAUCCUCCGAGGAUACUGGAAAUUUGACUUUCAUGCACAAUCACUUUGGGAGCGCCAGAAAGGUUGGGGACGGCAAUGCUGAUUCGUUUGAUAAUGAUGUGAACACUUUGAAGAGACGAUUGACAGGAUUAACAGUCAUGGAGAAACGGGGCAGCACGGAGCUGCUGGGCAAUGAGCAUUCGGCGAAAAAUGCUAGCUCUGAUUCACUCAAUUCCGAGAGCAAGAGCUCAUCACUUAAUUCCAAAAUGGGGCAGGAAUCGGAGUGUUGGGAGAAAGCUUCAAACUCGAAAAGCUUCUCAACCAGCUCAACAUCCACUGACAAUAAUAUUGUAUCUGCCCUCGAAGCAAAGAAAGAUUUUAAUGGGAAAGUCAGUCCGAAUUUAUCGGGAACCGAUACUGGUCCACCCCUCCUGAACGGCGAGAGACGACAAGGUGUAGCCCGCGACGUCACCUACUUAUGCCCAUACUCUGGGCCAGCACGUGGUGUUCUUAGUGUAACAAACUUUAAGCUCCAUUUUCGAAGCAUCGAUCGAGAAACCCCGUACGUGAUAGAGGUGCCACUUGGUGUUGUCAGCAGGAUUGAGAAAGUGGGGGGCGCCAGCAGCCGAGGGGAGAACUCCUACGGGAUCGAGGUGUUUUGCAAGGACAUGAGGAAUCUUCGAUUCGCUCAUAAGCAGGAGAAUCACUCCAGGCGUGAUGUCUUCGAGAAACUGCAACAGUAUUCUUUUCCUCUGUCCCAUAAACUCCCGCUGUUCGCAUUCGAAUACUUCGAGACCUUUCCGGAGAAUGGCUGGACUGUUUAUGAACCUAUUGCUGAACUCAAACGAAUGGGAGUGAACAACGACAUGUGGAAAAUCUCAAAAAUCAAUGACACGUACAGUCUCUGUGACAGUUACCCCGCGAUAUGGGCAGUGCCAGCGGCAGCGACUGAUGAGGAUCUCCAGGCCUCUGCAUUAUUCAGAUCGCGUGGAAGAUUGCCAGUUCUGUCCUGGAUUCACCCAGAGAGCCAGGCCACCAUCACUCGAUGCGCUCAGCCACUAGUUGGUGUUGGGGGCAAACGAAGUCGUGAGGACGAACGAUAUGUUCAGUUGAUAAUGGAUGCCAAUGCACAGAGCCAUAAGUUAUUUAUCAUGGACGCAAGACCAAUGGCCAAUGCCAUUGCGAAUAAAGCCAAAGGGGGUGGAUACGAGAGUGAAGAUACUUAUCAGAAUGCUGAGUUGGUUUUUCUUGAUAUUCAUAAUAUUCAUGUGAUGAGGGAGAGUUUACGAAAGCUAAAAGAACUCUGUUUUCCAACAAUUGAUGAAGCCCGAUGGCUGUCAGGGCUUGAAUCAACCAUGUGGCUUAAACAUAUUAAAUGUAUAUUAGCUGGAGCUGUCAGGAUAGUGGAUAAAGUGGAGAAUCAUAAAACUUCGGUUUUAGUGCAUUGUUCUGAUGGUUGGGAUAGAACAGUGCAGCUCACAGCACUAGCGAUGCUGAUGCUGGACCCUUACUACCGAACGAUAAAGGGCUUCGAGGUUCUCAUCGAGAAAGAAUGGCUGAGCUUCGGCCACAAAUUUCAACAGCGAAUUGGCCACGGAGACGAGCAUCACAGCGAUGCCGAUCGUUCGCCGGUAUUUCUGCAGUUUAUCGACUGCGUCUGGCAGAUUAGUCAACAAUUUCCCAAUGCAUUUCAGUUCAACGAACAUUUCUUGAUAACUAUACUGGAUCACUUGUACUCUGGGAGAUUCGGAACUUUUCUCUUCAGCAGUGAGAGAGAACGAGUCCAAGAGCAAGUGAAACAGCGAACAGUUUCCUUGUGGUCUUACACUAACAGCCAACUGUCACUGUAUCAGAACCCUCUGUACUGGGCUGGACCGAAUUAUCAGUUGGUGUUGAUGCCGGUGGCUAGUAUGAGGUACAUAAGACCCUGGAAGGGGCUGUACUGCAGGUGGAAUCCAAGUAUGAGACAACAGGAUCCUGUCUACCAACGUGCAAGAGAACUUCUAGUCCUGAAGGAGCAGCUGGAGAAACAAGUUGAAGAAUGUCGCAGAGAGCAGGCGCUGCGGGCCAAUCGCUCAAUGACGUCGCCAGCCCCACCGGCACCUAGAAUACACUCACCUGUUCACUCAUAGCUGGGUGUCUUGUGCGAUCUAGGAUCUAUAUAAAACCGGACUGAUUUUUUUUAUCCUCGAACGUCUCUAAUCACAUGUAUGUACAAACACCUCUGUUAAUAAAGCUAUUACAUAUUUCUAA